AUGUCGACCACCACGACCACGACUGUGACGGCUACGACGCUCGUGGGAAUGCUUCCGACCAUGACGAGCGCUACCCCCAAUAUUCUAGGGAAGAAUUGUCCAACAUGUGGCCAGGAUGGGUACAUGUCGCAGGACCAAUUAGUCGAGAGCGCCCGGAAGCGGGUGAAGGAGUUGGAGGGUCAGGUCGAGCUGUUGAACGCGCACGCUGCACAGAUGGCUGCACAACUGGCCGAGUACGAAAAUGAAGUGCGCCGUCUCCGAUCGCAAACCAACACGCACACCCCCAGGACGGGCUCCGCAUCGUCCACAUCAUCUGCGCCCUCGAAUGAUAGCUCGCCGCCGCAGGCCCAGCAACAAAGUCGCCUAUCGUCGCUGACGUCGCUUCUUCCUUACCGUCGUCCUAGCACCGCAUCCACGACCCAGACCAUGACCCAGCCAGCACAACCGACCCCUUCUCCCGAACAGGUUACGACAGAGCUUCAGACUGCGCUCGAGCGAGAACAGAACUUGCGCAAGGCGGCGGAGAGCCAGCUCUCCCAGGCCAGUUCGGAGCUGGAGGAACUGACGGCGCAGCUGUUCAGUCAAGCGAACGAGAUGGUUGCGCAAGAGCGCAAGGCGCGGGCGAAAUUGGAAGAGAGGGUGGCGGUGCUCGAACGCCGGGAUGUCGAGAAGAGGAAACGCCUUGACAGACUGGAAAAGGCGAUGGAGCGCGUCGAGCGGCUUCGAGCAUUGGUCGGGUAG